ACAAGCAAACACGCCUAACCUAAAACACCUGCAUUGCACCUCAUGAAACGGGCUCCUGACCACAAAAACUUGUGCAGGAACACAAAUCACGCUAGCCUUUAAAACUCCCAUCCCAGAAUCGCCUUUCUUGUGGCUUUAAAUCCCCAUUCCCGCUCCAAUCAGCUGCACUCAUCAUAGCGCCCCAAACGGGUUGCCCUCGUUCCCAUGAGCCUCUAGGGGCAGCCGCUCUUUCCCCCAGAAGCCCUUGCGAGCGCAGAACCCAAUGCGUUGCCCUCCUUCCCGUGAGCCUCUAGGCGCAGCCGCCCUUUCCCCCAGAAGCCUUUGCGAGUCAAGGCGGCUGUUCUUGACAGCAGCAAGAUGGCGGACCGACCCGUUCCUGUUAAAGACUUGAGGCUUAUGGAUGUCAAGCUGGGUCAGCUCCCGGCAUGGUUUGCAUCAGGAGAUUACACCCCUCUGGGGAUUUACAGAGGUUAUCGAAGAGGUUACGACCGCUUUUACAAGAAGUAUAUUGAUGUGAAGAAAGGCGGCAUUGGGGGCCUAGCGAUGGUGCUAACGGGCUACGUGAUUAUCAGCUAUAUCUGGAGCUAUGACCAUAUUAAGCAUGACCGCUGGAGGAAAUAUCACUGAAGCUGACUGCUCCGAAGAACAGAGGCAGCGCCUGACUAGCAGGGGGAAGAGGCGAGAUCCCCUCCGUUGAAGGCUCCUGGCCCUUAAAUGCUGAAUUCUCUUCCAGCACGAGCAAGUCUAUCGUGACCAAUAAUAAACCAUUGUUAAGUUUACUGUAA